CCACACACACUCCACCCACUCAAACACUGCCUUGCCACUCUAUGCUUCGAAACAUGCACCUCUCAGCAGCCAUGAAGCUCCUACUCUCCCUUCUUGUUCUUCUUCUGGCAGUUUCAUCAGCAACCGUGGCUGCCCCUCCGCCGUCAUCUGUCAUCGUGGUCGGCGCUGGUUUAUCAGGAAUCGCAGCAGCGAAGACACUUCACGAUGCCGGGAUCAAGGACAUUGUAAUCCUGGAAGCAACCCCAAAGAUUGGAGGAAGGCUGUCCAAAGUGGCAUUUGCAGGAAAAACCAUGGAGGUUGGCGCUUGUUGGUAUUUCGGCGGCGGCCCACAGCACAACCCUCUCGUCGACAUUGCAAACUCCCUGAAGCUCAACACUUACCCUACCAACUUCGGCAACCUCUCUUCCAACACCUACAAACAACAAGGCGGAUUAUACCCAAAAGCAGAGGUUGAUGCAGCAUUGGGGGCAGGCGCAGCCAGAGCACAGUUCUGCACAAACCUCUCCACCACGCUCAACUCCAAUCCCAGAAGCGACCAAGACGUGUCCGUUAUGGGAGCUUACUUGCUCUACAAACAGGUGCCAGCGACGCCUCUCGAGAUGGUGGUGGAUUACUUCAACAACGAUUACAUAGAUGCACAGGCGCCACAGUUGACGAGCGUGAAGCACAAGUACCCAAGGCAUGAGCUUGUGGAUCACGGGGUUAACUUCAACUAUGUCAAGGACCCAAGAGGCUUUGAGAGCAUGGCUUAUCAUAUUGCUGAUCAGUUCUUGAAGAAAGGCGACCCUAGAUUGAAGCUGAAUAAGGUGGUGAGGGAGAUUAGCUAUUCCAAGAAAGGAGUGACUGUGAAAACAGAGGACGGCUCUGUUUUCGAGGCCAAAUUUGCUAUCCUCUCUGCCAGCUUGGGAGUUCUCCAGAGCAAUCUCAUUUCCUUCAAACCUGAGUUCCCGAUGUGGAAAAGAGUGGCGAUAUCGGAUUUCAGCAUGGCUACGUACACCAAGAUAUUCAUCAAGUUCCCUCACAAGUUCUGGCCCACUGGCCCUGGAACUGAGGUCUUCUUCUACGCACAUCAACACCAUGGAUAUUACCCCAUCUGGAAGCAUCUGGAGAAUGAGUAUCCUGGAUCGAACAUACUGUUUGUGACCGUGACUGGAGACGAAUCAAUCAGAAUAGAGAAGCAGUCGGAUGAAGCAACCAAGGCAGAAGCGAUGGAAGUUUUGAAGAAGAUGUUUGGGAAUAACAUUCCGAACCCAGAUGCUAUACUGGUUCCCAGAUGGUGGACCAACAGGUUCUUCAAGGGAAGCUAUGUCAACUGGCCGCCGCGCUAUAGCCACGAGCAGUUUCAGCAUCUGCAGGCGCCAGUUGGUCCUGUUUACUUCACUGGAGAACAUACAAGUGAGAAGUACAUGGGGUUUGCCACCGGUGCAUAUUUCUCGGGAAUUGAGAGUGCCAAUGAUGUGAUCAAAUGCCUCAACAGAAAAAUCUGCAGAGCGCAUUAGGAUGAUGGCGGUCAUUUGGACGAAAUAAUCAGCGAGUUGGUUUCUAGCUGAAGACCAGUUGAAAUUGUUUACUGAGUUGGGGUGCCAAGUGCCAACGGCAACCAGCCAGGCUUGUGUUUCCUUUUAUGGCCUGAGUAGACUUUUAUCCGAUGGUGUCCCCCUUGUUUUGUAAUAAUUAGAACAUUUCUGAUGCGAACCCUUUGAAUACGACAUGUUAUCUCCCUCGUGAGUGAAACUCUGAAAAUUCGGAUUCAAAUCAUUGCGGAUACCCGAAUCCGCCAUUGACAAACUACAUUGGUGGCUCUAGAAGUGUUGCAUUGAUAAACAGCAAAAUGUUUU